CCCCGCUUCUGAAAUGACUAUAAAAGCUUCCCCCUGUGACUCACACUUUGAGAUCUCCCCACGGACAGAAGACGGAUCCAUUGGCCAGACGCCACGCCACGAGGACGCCUCUGCCAUUGGUUCAGUUACACCCCGGCAUAUGCAGCUGAAAACAGAAACUUUCUGUGAUGUGCUAUCAUUAUCCUCCUGUGAUGGUGAUAUUAAAUUGUGCACAAUGGCAAGAAAAGCAAAGAGACCAAACCGACUGACUACUGUGAUAAGAGAGAAAAUCCUGAAGUGAACAGGACUACAGUGGGAUUGUGACAUUUUAAUGAUAGUUUAGAAAUACAAAAAUGUCUGAAGUGGAGAUAGUCAGUCUUCUAUUCCUUCUCUUUCUGUGUGAAUAACAGUCACCUGAUGGAAGCAUAAGGUCAAGUCUCAUAUAUUUGCAACCCAGGGAGCUGGAGGACUGAAAAGAAAAAAACACAAGUUGCAAGUCAGAGGUAGUUCAUCGUAAUUGUCCUGCAGUUCAAGAGCACACUGUGUCAUCUGGCCACAUAGUCUGAGGAGAAAUAUUUAUUAAUAUGUGGGAGCGACUGCAAGACUUUUAUGUGUCUGCACAAGGACAGAAAAAUCACCUCCAGCAAACUCAAAGCUAUUAAAAUUUCCUGGGUCAUGCAAAUGAUACAAUGAUGACACUAAAUGUUCAGAUCGUCUUUGCCCUCCUUUGCUGCAUGAUUUUUCUUCCUACGGAUGGCUUCCCAGCAGACACCAGUGCUGAAUUCCGCUCUGCUUUCUCUGUGGCCAGAACCAGCAGCAUGGAAGGGAGCUCUGAGAUGGUGAUUACCUUUGACAAAGUGUAUGUGAAUAUUGGCAAUGAUUUUGACCCCAAGACUGGAUUGUUCCGUUGCCGGAUCCCAGGAGCCUACUACUUCUCCUUCACUGUUGGGAAAUACCCAAAGAAAAACUUGUCUGUCAUGCUGAUGAGAAACAAGAACGAGGUGCAGGUAAUUGUGUAUGACGAACAUCACCGCAAGGAACGGAAGGUGGCCAGCCAGAGUGCCAUGCUGCAGCUGGACUACGGGGACACAGUUUGGCUGCGUUUACAUGGAGAUCCCAAGUACGCUCUUUACAGCAAUGUGGGCCCCUAUACAACUUUCAAUGGCUACCUGAUCUAUCCAGACACUUCUGCCUUCUUCCAGAAUGCUCUUAGCUCUCAGGAGCUCGGCCCACACCCUCACACAAUUCAGCAGCUUCCCAGAGAGCAAAAUGAAGCUUCACAGCGACAUGUGUUGUCUGACCAACCAAACAGGGUACAAGACCCUCGCUCUGCGUUUUCUGUUGCCCGCUCACAAAGUCUCCUGGGGACAGAUGAGAAGCAGACCCAGCACGAGCCAAUCACAUUUGAUACAGAGUUCGUGAAUAUUGGAAAAGAUUUCAAUUCCUCCACUGGCGUCUUCACGUGCCGCAUACCUGGUGCAUACUAUUUCUCCUUCACCAUUGGCAAAAUGCCCUUUAAGACCAUGUCAGUGAAACUGAUGAAGAACCACAAUGAGGUGCAGGCCAUGAUCUAUGAUGACAACCACUCCAAGAGGCGGGAGAUGCAGAGCCAGAGCAUCAUGCUGCCUCUGCAAUACGGGGACACCGUUUGGCUCUACAGCCAUCAGCACGAUGGCUAUGGUGCCUACAGCAACCACGGCAAGUACAUCACCUUCACAGGCUUCCUCAUCUAUUCAGAGGCUCAGCCAAAGUGGCUUCCAGGUGCCAGCUCACCUCAAGGGUCAAACAAUUAAAUGCAGAUGUGAAAGGAGCAUAAGAAGAGCCAAGAUGCCAUAAACUGGGGUAUAGCUUCUCUGAAUAUCAUCCUCUACCUUGAGCAUGCUGUCAUGUGUCCAGUGCUUUCCUUAUGCUGCACGCUUGUGGCCUGUCUGCAGGGCCGCUGCUGUGUGUGCCAUUCAUCCAUAGAGAGCCCUUCCAGGCUGUAGCUGCGUGUCCUGUGUUGGUGUUUGAUUUAACAUAAAGCAUGAGGUAGUUUUGGGGCAGGGGUGGGGCAGCGUAGUGAGAUGCUGAGGAUCAGAGAACUACUGCAGAUCUCCAGCAUCCAGAGAGCAAAGGGUGUGGUGACUUUCCUUGUUUAUCCGGGGAGGGAAUAAAUGUAAUGAAAAUGAAUGUAAUAAAAAUACAAAAGAUG